AUGUCGAAAUGGGGUUUCUGUGGAACAGGAUCAGAUUAUUGUGGUGAUGGUUGUAAAGCAGGUCCAUGCACGGGAACUGGUGGAGGUCCCUGUCCUGAUUCAACCGAUUGUCGAUCCCAAUGGGGCUAUUGUGGAAAGGGACCAGAUUUUUGUGGUGAUGGUUGUAAAGCAGGUCCAUGCACGGGAACUGGUGGAGGUGGAAGUAGUGGAGGUGAUUCAGUUGGUGUUAUUACCAGUAGUAUAUUUGAUUGUAUAUUCAACACGAUCGAUGCGACAUUACGCGCUAACCGAUUUAAUGGACUAAAGGCAACAGGCUGGACACCAGCAAACAAAGAUGAAGGUGCUGUCUUUCUUGCACAUGUAUUUCAUGAGACAGAUGGACUCAAGACAAUGAAAGAAUAUUGUGCCCCAGGUUGUGGUCCACAAUAUAGUGGUUCUUGGUGUAGUAUCUCAGCUGCACCGGAUAAAUUAUACUAUGGUCGAGGUUGGUUUCAGCUUUCAUGGCCAUGUAACUAUUACAAUGCAGGUCAAAGUCUUGGUAUUGAUCUUCUCGCAAAUCCAGAUAUAGUAGAAAAUGAUCCUAAAACAGCGGUAAAUACAGCUCUCUGGUUCUAUAAUGCAAAUGGUAUGGCUGCACCAGCUCAAAGAGGUGACUUUGCUGCUACGACACGCAUCAUCAAUGGUGCAGUUGAGUGUGAUAAUGGACCAGGUUACAAUAAUCAAUUGACUCGAGUUGCGACCUACAAACGUGUUCGUCAAUGCUGCGGUCUUGGAGAACCUUCCAUAAAUCCUGUCUGUUAG